AUGGACAUAGACACAGGCAUGCACCAAAACCAACACAACAACCAACAGUUCAAAACCCUGCACAACAACCACCUCCACAACCAGCACAACAACCAACAGUUCAAAACCCUGCACAACAACCAACAGUUCAAAAUCCAGCACAACCAACAGUUCAAAACCCUGCACAACAACAACCACAAACAGAGCAAGGACAUAAAAGAAGUAGAGAACAAGGAAACCAAGAAUUCUUAA